UGCACGCACACGCACAUGCACACGCUCACAACGGGAACAAGGAGCCGACUACUCACUCACACCAUUCCUCCCUUCUUCCCCCGUCAACAUGUCCACUUUGAAGCUCCUUUGUGGGUUUUGAUUCUCCUGCUCCAACCUUCUCCGGAUUAUUCAUAAUAAUAAAAAACAAACAAACAAAAAAAAACGAACACAAAAUCGAGCGAGAGCGAUGCGACAUUGGGUCCGAUAGCGUGAUAGCGUAACGCGAACCCGGCUUUUGUUCCUCGGCAGCAAAGCGAGCAAACGUCGCAAGUCUCGGCAGCGAGAAGACGACGUGGAUCAGAUCCACCACAGAACACUAAGGGUGUCGCUGCCUAAACGCGGGAGGGAAACAUGUCCUCGUCCAGAUUCAAGAAAGAUAAAGAGAUCAUUGCGGACUACGAGACCCAAGUGAAAGAAAUCCGUAACCAGUUGGUGGAGCAGUUCAAAUGCUUGGAGCAACAGUCAGAAUCCCGCAUCCAGUUGCUGCAGGACCUGCAGGAAUUUUUCCGUCGCAAGGCGGAGAUCGAAAUGGAAUACUCGCGCAGUUUAGACAAACUCUCCGAGAGGUUUUCCUCCAAGAUCCGCAGCUCCCGGGAACACCAGCAGUUCAAGAAAGACCAGCAUCUGCUGUCCUCCGUCAACUGCUGGUACCUGGUACUCAACCAGACCCGACGGGAGAGUCGUGACCACGCCACCCUUAGUGACAUCUACACCAACAAUGUCAUUGUCCGCUUGGCGCAGAUCACCGAGGACGUCAUCCGCCUCUUCAAGAAGAGCAAGGACAUAGGGAUCCAGAUGCACGAGGAGCUAGUGAAGGUGACCAAUGAACUCUACACAGUGAUGAAGACAUACCACAUGUACCAUACAGAGAGCAUCAGCGCCGAGAGUAAGCUGAAGGAUGCUGAGAAACAAGAGGAGAAGCAGUUCAGCAAGUCAGGAGAUCUCAACGUCAACCUCCUGCGCCACGAGGACCGCCAGCCCAGGCGUAGUACUGUCAGAAAGAUUGAGAAGAUGAAAGAGAAGAGGCAAGCAAAGUACUCAGAGAAUAAGCUGAAGUGCACCAAAGCCCGCAACGACUAUCUGUUGAACCUAGCAGCAACAAAUGCGGUGGUGGCCAAAUAUUACAUCCACGAUGUUUCUGAUAUGAUCGAUUGCUGUGACCUGGGCUACCACGCCAGCUUGGCACGGACCUUCAGGACAUACUUAUCCGCAGAGUACAAUCUGGAGACCUCUCGCCAUGAGGGACUGGAUGUCAUUGAGAACGCAGUGGACAACCUGGACUCACGCAGCGACAAGCACAAGCUCAUGGAUAUGCAUAACCAGGUGUUCUGCCCUCCCAUGCGCUUUGACUACCUGCCACACAUGGGGGAUGAGGUGUGCCAGGUGAGCGCCCAGCAGCCCGUCCAGACUGAGCUCUUGAUGCGCUACCACCAACUACAGUCUCGUUUAGCUACGCUGAAGAUUGAGAACGAGGAGGUGAGAAAGACCUUGGACGCCACCAUGCAAACGCUGCAGGACAUGCUGACGGUGGAGGAUUUUGACGUGUCAGACGCCUUCCAGCAUAGCCGCUCCACUGAAUCCAUCAAGUCUGUCGUCUCCGAGUCCUACAUGGGCAAGGUGAAUGUGGCAAAGAGGAGGUUCAACCAACAGGAGACAGAAAUGUUCUACCUAUCAAAAUUCAAAGAGUACCUGAAUGGCAGCAACCUCAUCAUUAAGCUGCAAGCCAAGCAUGAUUUACUCAAGCUAACCCUUGGUGAAGGGGAAAGAGCUGAAUGUGGAACCACGAGACCCCCCACCCUUCCCCCUAAACCACAGAAAAUGCGGAAGCUUCGGCCGCGCUCCGUCUAUAACCAUAAGAUGUUUAACUGCGAUUUGGAGACCUUCAUCAAGGAUUCCGGUCAACCUAUUCCGGUGGUGGUGGAGAGCUGUGUCAGAUACAUCAACCUAUACGGGCUGCAGCAGCAAGGCAUUUUCCGAGUGCCUGGUUCGCAGGUGGAGGUCAAUGAUAUUAAAAAUUCCUUCGAGAGGGGAGAAGAUCCAUUGAUAGACGAUCGCGAUGAGCACGAUAUCAACUCAGUUGCAGGAGUGCUCAAGCUCUAUUUCCGAGGAUUGGAAAACUCCCUCUUCCCAAAGGAGUGCUUCUUGGAUUUCAUUUCGACCAUCAAGCUGGAGUCGGGUGCAGAGCGAGCUCAUUACAUCCAGCAGAUUAUUGGGACUCUGCCUCGGACCAUCGUCAUUGUCAUGAGAUACCUCUUUGCUUUUCUCAAUCAUCUCUCCCAGUACAGUGACGAGAAUAUGAUGGAUCCGUACAACUUGGCCAUCUGCUUUGGGCCCACUUUAAUGCCCAUCCCGGACAGCCAGGACCCUGUGUCUUGCCAGGCACACGUUAACGAGGUCAUCAAGACCGUCAUCAUCCACAAUGAAAUCAUCUUCCCCAGUCAACGGGAGCUGGAUGGCCCAGUCUAUGAAAAGUGCAUGACUGGAGGAGAGGAGUUCUGCGACAGCCCCCAUAGCGAGCCAGGAGCCCUUGAUGAGGUUGACAAUGGAACUGAACAACAUACCAGCGAUGAAGAGGUUGAACAAAUCGAGGCCAUCGCUAAAUUUGACUACAUGGGCCGAAGUCCGAGGGAGCUGUCCUUCAAGAAAGGAGCGUCUCUGCUGCUCUACCACAGAGCGUCUGAGGAUUGGUGGGAGGGUCGACACAAUGGUGUGGAUGGUCUGAUCCCUCAUCAAUACAUUGUGGUGCAAGAUAUGGAUGACACCUUUUCUGAUAACCUCAGCCAGAAAGCAGACAGUGAAGCCAGCAGCGGGCCUUUAAUGGAUGACAAAGGCUCGUCUAAAAAUGAUAAUCCCUCACCAUGUGAUCAAUCACCUGAUUACACCUUUGGAGGAGUCAUGGGCAGGGUGAGACUGCGUUCCGACGGAGCUGCCAUUCCGCGCCGCCGCAGUGGUGCAGACACUCAGAGUCCGACCAGAGUGGCCGACACUCCCCCACGGGCCGCCGCCUGUCCCAGCAGCCCCCACAAGGUGUCGGUUGGGAAGACUCGGGUGGAAAGUCCGGAAAAGAGGCGGCUGGGGACCUUUGGGAGUGCAGGGAGUUUAAACUACCCAGAGAGGAAGGCCUAUCCUGAGGGUCACCCGCUGAGGCCCAUGUCAGGGGCCACGCGUCACAGCAGCCUUGGGGACCACAAAUCACUGGAGGCUGAAGCUUUGGAUGAGCAGGACAUAGAGAAGACCAUGACCACAGCGCUCCAAGAGCUCCGUGAGCUGGAGCGUAAGAACACUGUCAAGCAGGCGCCUGACGUGGUCCUGGACACCUUGGAGCCCAUGAAAAACCCGGUCAGCUCAGAACCAGGCAGCCCCCUGCACACCAUCAUGAUCCGGGACCCGGACGCAGCCAUGCGUCGGAGCAGCAGCUCCACCUCCGAAAUGAUGACCACCUUCAAGCCGACGCUCUCGGCCCGCCUCGCUGCCGGCCCUCAGCUACGCCCCCCACCGAUGAGGCCGGCGCGCCCCCCUCCGACUCAACACCGCUCCAGCAGCUCCGGGUCUUCCGGCGUGGGCAGCCCGGCCAUAACGCCCGCCGAUAAAAUGCUGACGGCCGGCGGCUCCGGUCUGAACGUGUCCAUCGACGGCGCGGACAAGUCUGGGACAAUGUAGAAGCCAGACUUGGGUGGAAUCUGGAAGGAGCUGGAAAUCGGGCUUUGGAUCAGAGACAUUUCCAACAGCUCAGGGAGAGGAUGUCCAUAUGAGGACAGUGAGAAUAUAACUACAGACCUCAGCUUUACAGACGCCACCAGGUGCUGAUGAUGUCACAAAGAGGUAUGACAUGACAUGGUAACACUAACUAAUGCAAGCCACUUGUCUUAUUGUUUAUGACGGGGGAAAGGCAGCGUCUGUUUGAGGUGUGUUUACUUUUCAUAGCAGUUUUUCCACCCAAGAAAACGUUAUUACAUUAAAAUGUUAACAUUAUCCAAUGUAGGUCAAUUUAUGCCAAACAAAUACGAAGUUUGCAUCUUUUUACUUAAUAAAGUUUGUUUAUCUCUAUAAAAAUGACAGUCAAAUCUUGGUUUUCAUACGUCCCACUUUUUGUAUUCAGUUGUUUUAAAUUGAGUAAGACUGCAAAAUAUUCCACCUUCAGGCCAAAGAAAGUUGCAAGUGCCAGCACUUUGACAAAGAAUGUGGGAAAAACCAUUGACGUCAAGCAAAGUAUGAAGGCCUCUUCAAUAAAAGUGAAACAUUUUUGGCCUUUGUAUUUAUGAAACUACUUUUUCUUCCAAGUCAAUUGACUUCCUACCCGAAUAUAAUUUUAUUUGGCUGUCUUAAAAAAAUUCACUGGAUUUGCAUAUUACAAUAGAAAAAUUGCUUUGUACAAUUAUAUUUUUCAUCUGACUAUUUGGAACUGAGGAAAACCAAGGUUUUAUUGUGAUUAUUUUAGGGUCAAUAGAAAAACAUAA